AACCUCUAUGUGCACCGGGCCGGCAGUCCAGAUGAGCGCCCCUGGAGGAGGUUCCUCGGACAGAUCCGACGCCGCUUCCCCUAUGAGUACUGCCUCGGACACUAGUGAUGAAGGUGUUGAACUUGAAAUCGACGACAGUGAGGACAAUGAUUCGACCCUUGACGACCGGAUGUCUUCGUACACCAAGUCGGCAACCUCUAGCGCAACAGACUAUCCUACAGAACACGGGCGGCGAUAUCAUGCGUUUAGAGCAGGAUCCUACUUUGCUCCCAACGACGAGUAUGAACUAGGUCGCUUGGAUUAUGAUCACGAGCUCGUCCUGAAAUUCCUCCAAUACAAACUCUUUCUAGCCCCGAUUGACGAGAAGAAGAUGCAUCGAGUACUUGAUAUCGGCACUGGCACAGGUCUCUGGGCUAUUGAGAUGGGCGACGCCUUCCCGAACGCGCUGAUCAUCGGCAACGACUUGAGCCCCGUCCAACCAAGGCUAGUUCCAUCCAAUGUUAGGUUUGAGAUUGAUGAUGUAGAAAGUGAUUGGCUCUAUGAAGACCAAUUCGACUUCAUCUUCAGCCGCUACAUGGCUGGAUCUCUUUCCGACUGGCCUACACUUAUGAGCAGAGCAUACGAAAAUCUUCGGCCAGGUGGAUGGGUUGAGUUUCAGGACUAUGACUUUGAAUUCUCGUCCCUUAACGAAAGCCUACAACCCCAUCACAAGACACACCAGUGGGAUCGUGACUUUCUGGAAGCAGCCAGGCUCUGUGGUAUUGAAGCAUGCCCUGGAUCGAAGCUAGAGGGUUGGGUGCAGGAUGCAGGAUUCACUAAUAUCGUUGCAUCGCACGAUCCAGGUGCCCCUCGGACCGUGGGCUAGAGACGAGUACUACAAAGAGAUCGGCUUGGGUAACUUGAUACAGCUCCUAGACGGGCUCGAGGCGUUCACGUUGAGGCUGUUUUGUGGGGUUCUUGGCAGAACAGAGAAAGAGGUGUCGACACUGUUGUCCGAAGUUCGCCAAGAGCUGAGGUCGCAAGCCUUCCACGCCUAUGGUGAAUUUCAUGUAGUGUAUGGACAGAAGCUAUAGUAAGAAGUCACGAACUGCAUGAAGAUCCAUUCUGCCUGUGAAAGGUACAUGACCAGG